UUUCUUUGUACAGAAUUAGACAGACAUGGACCUUAAAUGUUUGUUUGCGGACCGCCAUGAUACCAUAGGAGGUCUGCAUCAACGGACUUCAGUGCAGGUAGUGCCUCAUCAGAGAGAGAACAUUUCAGUUGCUCUACAGUUUUGAAGCUGAAUGUAAUGAUUAUCAGUCCUUUACAUGUGUACUAAUAUUCAGACACAUUCAGUUGUUUCUAUAUUUAUCUAUAUUUCAGGGUUUGCACAAGGUGCUACAAGUAAAUAAAUAUUAGUGCUUGAAAAAGUACUCACCGGUAAGUCCUUGAAUUUGACUUGCCACUGUACGAACCCUGAUAAUUCUUACUAUGGUGUGAGUGUAACGAAUGUGAAAUGGCUAGCUAGUUAGCGGGUACGCGCUAAUAGCAUUUCAAUCGGUUACGUCACUUGCUCUGAGACCUGAAGUAGGGUUUUCUCCUUGCUCUGCAAGGGCUGCGGCUUUUGUGGAGCGAUGGGUGGGUGACUUCGUGGGUGACUCAUGCUUCGUGGGUGACUGUUGUUGAUGUGUGCAGAGGGUCCCUGGUUCGCGCCCGAGGUCGGGGCGAGGGGACGUACUAAAGUUAUACUGUUACAUGAAUGGGAAAUAAAAUUGUUUUUUGUGAGUGAAAUAAUACAGUGAAGACAAGGGUAUUCAUAAAAAUGUUUACAUAGUACUGCCUACAACAUACUGCAAUUUUGUACUAAAUGGUUUUUGAGUCAUUUAUGCAUUUAUGUGAAUUUAGGAAAUCUACUAUAGAUUAAGUGCUCUUAUGUUAUGCAAUUUAAAAUGUGUACUUUGUGUCUAAUGUGAAUGAAUGUUUUGUCAAGGAUUAGCUACCUGAUUUACUGAAAUGAGAUAAUUGAACAAGAAAAAAGAGAAAAUAUUUUUACAGAAUAAAGUGCCAGAACUGUCAAGAAAAUAACUUUUGUGUCCGUUUGUCUUUAUUACUACAGGCUGACUCAGAUUAAGUCUGAGGCCGGUAACAUCAACAGUGAGGACAAACCCAUCCUGCCACUCUCCUUCCACACCUACAGUCACUGGGUCCUGAUUGUGACAGUGGAGCCAAGUUUGCACUGCAGGAUCCAGAGAUGGCAUCAGUGAAGCUGGAGGACUGCAGUCAAACACUGGAGCUGAAUGUCAACAUUAAAGAUGAGAAAGAAGAGGAGGAGAAGAUUAGGACAACUGUUAGUCAUGGAUACCAUGUUGAGACAUUCUCUACAUCCAGAGAUCAACAGCAGGAAGAUCAGAGAGAUAAGAAGUCUCAUCACUGCCCACAUUGUGAAGAGAUUUUCCCAUUUCUAUCAAAGCUAAAAAUACACCUAAAAAUACACACCGGAGAGAAGCCUUACUCCUGCUCUGACUGUGGAAAAUGUUUCAAAACAUCAACUCAGCUAAAACUUCAUCAGAGAACACACACAGGAGAGAAGCCUUAUUACUGCUCUGACUGUGGAAAACGUUUUAAAACAUCAACUCAGCUAAAAGUUCAUCAGAGAACACACACAGGAGAGAAGCCUUAUUACUGCUCUGACUGUGGGGCAAGUUUCUCUCAUCUGGGCACCUUACAAGCACACCAACGUAUACACACAGGAGAGAAGCCUUAUUACUGUUCUGACUGUGGAACUAGUUUCUCUCAAUUUUCCCACUUAAAAACACAUGAACGUGUACAUACAGGAGAGAAACCUUACGUCUGCUCUGAAUGUGGAAAAUGCUUCACAACAUCAAGUGAUCUAAAAGUUCAUCAGAGAACACACACAGGAGCGAAGCCUUAUUCUUGCUCUGACUGUGGAAAAUGUUUUAAAACAUCAAAUGUACUGAAAGUUCAUCAGAGAACACACACGGGAGAGAAGCCUUACGUCUGCUCUGACUGUGGAAAGAGUUUCUCCCAAUUUUAUACCUUAAAAACACAUGAACGUAUACAUACAGGAGAGAAGCCUUACUCCUGCUCUGACUGUGUAAAAUAUUUCAAAACGUCAACUGAGCUAAAAGUUCAUCAGAGAACACACACAGGAGAGAAGCCGUAUUACUGCUCUGACUGUGGAAAAUGUUUAAAAACAUUAAAUGAGCUAAAAGUUCAUCAGAGAACACACACAGGAGAGAAGCCUUACGUCUGCUUUGACUGUGGAACUAGUUUUUCUCAACUUUCCCAUUUAAAAUCACAUGAACGUAUACAUACAGGGGAGAAGCCAUACUCCUGCUCUGACUGUGGAAAAUGUUUUAAAACAUUAUAUGAGCUAAAAGUUCAUCAGAGAACACACACAGGAGAGAAGCCUUACGUCUGCUCUGACUGUGGAAAAUGCUUCACAACAUCAACUGAUCUAAAAGUUCAUCAGAGAACACACUCAGGAGAGAAGCCUUACGUCUGCUCUGACUGUGGAACUAGUUUCUCGCAACUUUCCCACUUAAAAUCACAUGAUCGUAUACAUACAGGGGAGAAGCCAUACUCCUGCGCUGACUGUGGAAAAUGCUUCAAAACAUCAACUGUGCUAACAGUUCAUCACAGAACACACACAGGAGAGAAGCCUUAUUACUGCUCUGACUGUGUAAAAUGCUUCACAACAUCAGCUAAGCUAAAACUUCAUCAGAGAACACACACAGGAGAAAAGCCUUACUCCUGUUCUGACUGUGGUGUGAGUUUCUCUCGGCUUGAUACCUUAAAAACACACCAACAGAUACAUAAAGGAGAGAAGCCAUACUCCUGCUCUGCCUGUGUAAAAUGCUUCAAAACAGCAACUGAGCUAAUAGUUCAUCAGGGAACACACGCAUGAGAGAUGCCGGCUUACGUCUGUUCUGACUUUUGGGUGAGUUUUUCUCACCAUAGCAACUUAACACACCAAUGUAUACACACAGGAGAGAAGCCUUACUCCUGCUCUGUGGAAUGGUGGGCGUGUAACUCAAACUUCUAGCCAAAGUUUGCGUGUUUGAAUCUCAUCAAGGAGGACUUUAGCAUUUUAGCUAAUUAGCAACUUUGCAACUACCUACUACUUUUAGCUAUUACUUAGCAUGUUAGCUUAGCAUGCAACUACUUAGCAUGUUAGCUAACCUUUCCCCGAAACCCAUUUAACUCUACCUUAAACCCCUCACCCCUAACCUAAGUAACGUUAGCAACAACAAAUUGGAAUUCGUAACAUAUCAUACAUUUUACAAGUUCGCAACAUAUUGUAUGAAUAGCAAUGCGUAAAAUAAAAUACGAAUUGUAAUUCGUAACAUACGAUACGUCCUACAAGUCGUAUUAUACUAAACAGCAAUUUACAGUUCGUAUAAGGAUAUCAGUCAAUUGAAAUAAAUGUGGCCCUAAUCUAUGGAUUUCACAUGACUGGGCAGGGGCUCGCCAUGGGUGGGACUUGGGAGCCAGGCCCAGCCAAUUAGCAUGAGUUUUCCCCCACAAAAGGUCUUUAUUACAGACAGAAAUACUACUCAGCCCCCCCCCCCCCCCCUCCCCUCUCCAGACAAUCCUGCAGGUGAAGAAGUCUUGGGCUGCCGUGGUUACAUGUGAUCUGCAGUUGUGAGGCCGGUUGGAUAUACUGCCAAAUUCUCUAAAAGGACGUUAGAGGUGACUUAUGGUAGAGAUAUAAAUAUUGAGUUCUCUGGCAACAGCUCUGGUGGAUAUUCCUGCAGUCAUCAUGACAAUUGCACAUUCCCUGAACUUGAGACAUCUGUGACAUUGUGUUGUGUGGCCUUUUAUUGUCCCCCAGCACAAGGUGCACCUGUGUAAUGAUAAUGCUGUUUUAUCAGCAUCUUGAUAUGCCACACCUGUCAGGUGGAUGGAUUAUCUUGACAAAGGCUGAAAUGCUCAUUAACAGGGAUAUAAACAAAGUUGUGCACAACAUUUGAGAGACAUUAGCUUUUUGUGCAUAUGGAACAUUGCUGGAUUUUUUUAUUUCAGCUCAUGAAACCAACACUUUAGAUGUUUGGUUUAUAUUGGUAGUCCAAUGUAAUGUAACCAAACAUACUAAAUGGAGUGGCACUGAUGCUUUUUGUAUAAUAUAAUAUGUUUUGCUCUGGGACCACGUUGUCCCUCUGCAGUAUUCUGUGGGAAAGAGCUAGUAUACACUCUUUUUAUUGAACCUUUAUUUAACUAGGCAAGUUAGUUAAGAACCAAUUCUUAUUUACAAUGAUGGCCUAGGAACAGUGGGUUAACUGCCUUGUUCAGAGGCAAAACAACAGAUUUUUACCUUGUCACCUCGGGGAUUUGAUCAAGCAACCUUUUGGUUACUGGCCCAAUGCUCUAACCACUAGGCUACCUUACGCCCCUAACAUGUAUCAGAUAGAGAUGGUGUGAUGAUCACUUUUCACCACUAGUUUGGGGGGAUUGUUUUACAACUUUAUUUAAUGAGACACAGUUUAUGAAAUGAAUACAUGUGUUUAUUAAUUUUCUUUAAAACUAGAUGAGUUAUUUUAGUUACUGAUCAUGAAUGUGUUUGGAUAACUGCAUUGAAGCAAACUUUAUUGAUCUGCUAAUGAAAAAUAAAGUUACAUGAAUAUGUA